AUGAACAACUUGAAUUGUCACUAUCAUUCAAACAAAAGAGUAUGGAUGACAAGUGUGAUUUUUGAUGAAUAUAUUCGUUGGUUUGACCACAAAACACAUGGUAGACGAAUUUUGCUUGUGGUAGAUAAUUGUCCAGCACAUCCAAGAAAUAUGGAAGGACUACAAAAUGUUCAAUUGCUUUUCUUGCCACCCAACAUGACAUCAAAAAUUCAGCCUUGUGAUGCUGGGAUAAUAAGAGCUUUCAAGAUGCAUUAUCGCAAUAGAUUUUACCAUGUUCAGCAAGAGACAAUAGCAAAUUAUUUUCGACACUGCAAAAUUUGUUCGGGGGAUGAAGCCUUAGGGAAUUUAAAUGAACCCACUUGUGAAAACGACAUUCAUGAACUUGAGGUCAUGAUUAAUGAUCUCGGUUACCUCAAUAAAAUGGAUGUCAAUAGCCUGUUGGAUUACCCAGGUGAAAAUGAUACAUGUUCAGAGGUCCAGAGCUUAGAAGAAAUUGUGGAUACCAUUGGAGAAAACAAUGUUGAUGAUGAAGUUGAAGACGAUACAAUACCUUUGGAACCAGUUAAGCGUAAGGAAACACGCGUCUAA